AUGGCAGAAACGGCUGCAUCAUCGACUCAUAUUGAUAAUCUCUUACGUGUUUUCAAAGAAGAAAAUCAAAGUCAAACACCCGUCCAGCCCCAACUUCAUGAACAAUGGCUGAACAACUCAAUCGUUUUCCGACAGAUUACUCAAGAUAUUUCAUCACUAUUAAGCGUUCCAUCAGAACCAAAUAAACCUAAAGAUGAUACGACCGCUGAGAACGAAUCAACCCCUCGUGAGAUCAAACUGUACUCGGCUACUCAAUUUCGUUCACAUAUCAAUCGAAUAUAUCCGUUCCAUUUGGAUUAUUUCUCGGAGAAACUCUCCUCACUCGAUUUCGAACAACAUCGAAUGGGUCUAUAUGUUUUCUACGAUGUUAAUCAAGGAUGUUUGAUCAAUGAUAUCGAGAAGGAAUCAAACAAGAAAACAAAUCGAGGUAAAAACAUGAAAAGGAUGAACGGUUUAUUAUUAAACGAACAUCGAAUGUUCAACCAAUGUGCCAAAGAAUACGCGACGAAACAUGUGAACAGAGACUAUGAAGCAAUGAAACCAUCCGUUAAUCAGUUCAUGCAGGCGUGGUUACAGCGUAAAACGGAUGUAUUACUCAAACGAUCGAAUGCACUAGAACAAUUCUAUGCUAAAAAAAUGACAAUUCCAUUGAAUUCAUACGAUUCUCUCACGCCUAUUACGUUUGCCAAUCUAUCAACUGUUUUACGAUUAGGUACAAUACCAUUGUUGACGGUUCCCGAACAGAUGAAUGUGAAAUGCAGUGAUAAUCACGAUCAAAUCGUGUCCAAUCGUUUUAAUUCCAAAUAUCGACUGACAAAUUUAGUCGAUGAUCCUAAUCUUCUCGCUAUACUAUCUCAGCAUCCAUCGAUCGACAUUGUGCUCUCAAAAUCUAGUUUUCGUCAUCUAAUCGAAGUAUUCUCUUCAUCUUCAUCACCAACGACGAUGCCUGUUUCGAUCCGUGAAUUUCAAUUCAACGUGAUUGAUAAUCCCGCACCAGUGAAUAAAAAAGUGAUUUUUAUCGAUAAACCAUUACGUCAUCGGGCUUAUACAAAACGUGAACUGAAUAGCAAAUUCUUUCAACGAGCACUUCGUUCAUUGUUACUUUCGACCACUGGUGGAAAGCGAGAAGCCACAGAUAAUCAAUUUUAUCAUACGAGUUUUAAUAACAAAACAGAAUUUGAAAUAACAGAGAUUAAAAAUAAAACGUUGGACAAAUCUACCGAUAAACAGAACCCACCAGCAAUCUCAAAUGAAAAUGACAACGAUGAAGAUGAGGACGAGGACGAAGAAGAAAAUGCCAUGAUUAUCAGUACAGACGGUGAUAACGAAGAGCAGCAAAAGCUAUUUCAUAAAUCUAAGCAAAAGAUUAUCCAAUCUGCCCCUGUUCUUCAAGAACGAGAAUCUGAACAAUCGGAAGACGCUACCGCUAACUCUGAAGUUCCUGUUAUGACUCGUGUGAAACUUGCUACACCUAUCCAAGGAAAUUAUGAAUAUUGUUUAUGGCAAUUGGGCACACUGCAAGUCCUAAUUCGCUCGAGUUAUCAUGGAUUUUGUCGACAUACUGUUCCGACCGUUCACGAUGAAUUCAUCACAUGUGUUGCAAAACUUGAAUAUCAGCCGCAAUUUGGUUGCGAACAAAUCACUGACCAAGAAUAUCGAUCGAUUUGGUUCGAAUCUUAUCUGAGACAUGGCGCAAGCGUCGUAAUCGGACGAAUCAAUGCCUUUACACAGCAUUUACUCAAAGUCGAGAAAAUGACGUAUGAAAAUAUCGAUCGAAAUUUAAAAGAAUGUCAAAUUGAUAUAAUAAAACCAUUGACCAAAAUCUAUGGACUACUGUACGGUUUACAAAGUUUAGAAGCAAAGAAUUACUUACUAUCAUAUCCAUUAAAUGAUGACAAACUUCAUCUAUACCAUAGAACAACCAGCGAAUCGGAAGAACAAAAAUUCGAACUCCAUUCGAAACCAUUUGAGACAAAUGAACUUUUGGUUGAAUCUGAUCGGACUACAGUCCCGUGGAAUCCAUUGACACCAACUCUACUCCUACCAUACCAUUUGGAUUUUGAACGUGUGCCAUUGACAUUUUGUCCACGACAUAAACGAUGUUAUGAUAUUGAUAUAACGAUUCCUGCCUAUCGAAAACGCCGAAAUACGGUUCAACAAGAACAGAAAUCCAAUCAAGAGAAGAAGAAACGAAAGAAAACGAAAAAGAAAAAUGCACAACGAAGAAAACAGAAACAACUUAACGAAUAA